UGAAACUAAUAAGGAUUUAGGGAGUAAUCCAGUUGUUACAAUGUAAGGGAUGAGAGGGACACAGGCAGCUAAACAGUUUUUUGUCAGACUAAAGCUGCUCCUGGAUUUUUAUGCUCCUCCUUCUCCAGCUGAGGCUUUUGGAACGGCUAAACUUUUCAGAUCAUGCACUUUUCUUUUGUAUGUCUUUGGUGAGGUCACUUCGUGGUGAUUUAAUUAAAACCUCUCUGCCUUCACCCUCAUCUCUGACAUUUUUUCUCUUUUUUUCCCCAUUUUAGGCCCACCUCCCAGAGAGACAGACAGAGCCCACACCUCCUCCUCCUCCUCCUCUUCCUCCUCGCUCGCUGAUACUCCUUCCAUCUGAUGCUGACUGGAUGCAGAGGGAAGGUUUCCCAGCAGCUCCCUUGUCCUCUCUCUCUCUCUCUCUCUCUCUCUCUCUCUCUCCCCCCUCUCUCCAUCCCCUCCUCUUUUGGUUUUCUUCCUCUGACAUCUGGAGCUUCUCCUCUCCUGCCUCUUCUUCUCCUCCGGUGGUUCAAUGCCAGGAUGUGGCACUCUGUGGCUCUGCUCCUCUCUGGAUUCUGCGCUUUGAUCAAUGUGUCGUUACAGGGGCCUCACCAGAGGAACCUGCUGAAGAACCUGCUGAAGGACUACAACCGGAUGGAGCGACCCGUGGGCAACGACUCUCACCCCCUCACCGUCUUCUUCACGCUCAGCUUGAUACAGAUUAUGGACGUGGAUGAGAAGAACCAAGUGUUAACGUCCAACAUGUGGCUACAGAUGAGCUGGUUUGACCACUACCUCCAGUGGAACCAGAGCGAACACCCUGGAGUGAAAAACCUCCGCUUCACCACGGAUCAGAUCUGGACGCCGGACAUCCUGCUCUACAACAGUGCAGAUGACGACUUUGACUCCACCUUUAAGACUAACGUUCUGGUGAACUCCAGCGGCUUCGCCAAGUACCUGCCUCCAGGGAUCUUCAUGAGCACGUGCAACGUGGACGUUCGCUGGUUUCCUUUCGACAUCCAGAAAUGCGAGCUGAAGUUCGGCUCCUGGACGUACGACGGCUGGCUGCUGGACCUCCAGAUGACCGACGCUGACAUCUCAGGAUACAUGCCCAACGGAGAGUGGGAUCUGAUCGGUGUUCCUGGUACAAGAAACGAGGUCUUCUAUGAUUGCUGUAAGGAGCCUUACCCAGAUGUGACUUUUGUUAUAACAAUCCGUAGGCGGACCCUCUACUACGCCCUGAACCUGCUCAUCCCCUGCGUGCUGCUGUCAUCCAUGACUCUACUCAUCUUCGUGCUGCCUGCUGACUCCGGAGAGAAGAUCUCACUGGGUAUCACUGUGCUGCUGUCGCUCACUGUUUUCAUGCUGCUGGUGGCAGAGAUCAUGCCCGCCACGUCUGACUCCGUCCCUCUCAUAGGUCAGUACUUUGCCAGUAUAAUGAUCAUCGUUGGGAUGUCAGUCAUCGCUACAGUGGUGGUUUUACAGUAUCAUCAUCACGAUCCAAAUGGAGGCAACAUGCCGAAAUGGGUGCAGCUCGUUCUGCUACAGUGGGUCGCAUGGUUCUUGCGGAUGAAGCGGCCGGGGGAGAACGACGACCCGGAGCGGCCCCCCUGCGCUCCCAACCUGCGCCGCUGUUCCUCGGGCUCGCAGAGCGGGAGCAUCCCCAACCCUCCGGACGCCACCCUCCACCCGCUGCACCCGCAGAACCUGACACCCCUCCAGACGGGCCCUCUUCACGCGGGGCACCCUCACCUGCACACCCAGUCCAGCGCCAACAACAACGGGAACCUCCUCUACAUGGGCUUCCAGAGCAUCGAGGACUCUUCGGUGCUCUCAGAACCCAUCCAGAGGAAUAAUAUCUCCACAGGACUGCCACGGGUGGCAGGAAGUCCGCCUCCCCACCUGCCYUCCCAGUUUUGCAGCUCCCCACCACCUCAGGACACCGUCGGGUGUCCCAGCACUGUCUCCAGUGGUGGGGGCUUCGGAGGUGGACCCGGAGGACUAGGAGGGGGCUCAACUUCGGGGAUGGGAGACCCCCAGCUGCAGGCGAUCCUGGAGGAGGUGCGUUACAUGGCGGAUCGGUUCCGAGAGCAGGAUGAGACUGAGAGCAUGGCUGACCAGUGGAAGUUUGCCGGCGCCGUGAUCGACCGCCUGUGUCUGGUGGCGUUUAGUGUUUUUAACAUCAUUUGCACCAUCUCCAUCCUCAUGUCUGCUCCAAACUUUGUGGAGGCGAUUUCCAAGGACUUUGUUUAAAAGCAAAAACAAAAACAAAAAAAAAUUAAAAAGAAGAAAAAAAAGAGAAGAAACAUGUAGGAACGACUGAAGYAAAUUGAAAUGAAAUGUAGAACGGAGUGGGCCCUGAUCCAAGGAAACACCAUUUCCAGCUCUGUGAUUUGUGAUUGCAAGGAUGUGGGAAACGGAAAAGCAACUAAUGCUUUUCUGUUUCUGAAACAUUCUGUUUUGUAAACUAAAAAAAAGAGAGAAGAAAACAGAUGAUGAAGGGAAUACAGAGCGAAGUUUGAAUUAAAUCAGAGUCCGCAGGGUGGUUUAUCAGAUUCUUGACAAGGUAAAAUGGUUUUUUUGUGGCCAAUUCAAAGACUUUUAUUCAAAAUUAAAGAGAAAUACGAGUCAGACGUGAAAAAUUUAGUCGAGUGAAGCUUGAGGUACGAAGGAUCCUGAAUCAGGGCCGACUGAAAGGAGGAAGGAGACAGACAGAUGAGCAGAGACAGAUAAAGGAGACAGAUAUGUGACUGUUUUAUUGUCUCGAGGAGGGAAGGCAGCCCCUUUACUCCCACAUGUGGAGAAAAUACUGCAUCAUUUAAAGCGAUGCAAAGACUGGCUGGGAGAGGCUUUUACAAGGGCACAAAACAAAGAGCCGCCGUGAAGGACCGACACUCCAUCCCCCCUGCGACACUGGCAGAUUUAGAGUUUGGAAGUGGCUUGAUGCUCGGAUGCACAAAAAAAAAAAAAAAAAAAAAAAGUUGACCGAAGAUCAAGAGCGCCACGUCGCACAGGAACAGAAGAGGAUCUCAUCUAUUAUUUAAUCACAUUCAUCUUAUGACCGUCAAAUUGAAAGACCUUGGAUAAUCUUUAAGACUAAUAAGCUUUUCGAAGAUCAACCCCCUCUCUGCUUGGGAGUCACUUUCAGAUUUCCAAGGCCUUAUCUCUCUACGAGACGAUUGGCAAUCAGCAGAGAUGAGAAGCUCCUCAGCAGCUUGCACUGCGUGRGGCACUUCUCCUGGCUCGGAAACCGAAUUAACCGGUCAUCAACAGUGCAGCUGCAACGCAGUGGAGUCCAAUGAAAAUUCAUGGGCCAGUUACCUAACUGCAUCUGGCGGGUCAUAAUGGACCAAGGAAACUCAUUGGACUUCGUAUUAAAGGUUUAAUAACUCAGACGGGAGGUCAGGGCUUUAAAAGGACACGAGAGGCAGCAAGAGGGGACGAGAUCAAUCAAAAUUUGAUAUAGAGGAGCGGCGUCGCCAAUAAAUUUCCGUCAAAUCCCUUGACUGGUUUACGGCUUAGUGAACGAGCUUUAAAAAAGGAGAGGUUACGUUUUAUUUUGAAAAUUACACUCAUGAAACUUGACUCAGGCUGUCAUGGAAACAAGUUGAGGGAUCUAAUUUACACUAAAACCUUUAAGAUCAUAUAAAAAAACAGGGGAAAAAAAUGAGUUUCCUAAACUUAUUGAGAAAAUGUUAAACUGCCACAAUGUGACUCGUGUUUCUGCUUAUAGUUUGAACUCAAGUUUAUUUUAGGUUAGCUUCAUUUAGUUAGUUUAUAAUCAACCUAGGUGUGGGGUUUGCAACCUUUAAUCAAAGGGGAUGCUUCUGUUUCUUGGCUCACUGGAAAAAUGUGUCCUGAGCUGCAAAACGUGCAUCAACUGUGAUUAUCAACUGGUGGUCUGCGGGCCGCUUUGGGUUUGUUGAAGGGAGGCCUUUACGGCCCGUGGGGGCGACAUUAUAAAACUAAUAAUAUAUUGCAAUUUUUAARGUUUAUUGUUGUUUUCAUAGCUUACAACAAAAUAAAAGACCGRAUUCACAUUUAAUUGAAUAAAAAUUUAACUAUGCAAAUGUGUUUUUUUCUAAUCCUUACUAUUAUCUACUCUGGUAUUAAAGGUCUUUAAAGUUAAAUGAUAGAUUUGAAAGAAAUAUCAAAUUUUAAGGCUGGAAGUUGGAUUACUAAGUGGUCAUAAUUUAGUGGUGAUCAUGUAUUUGCAAACAAAUUGACAGGACAACUGUUAAAACUAGCCUUUUUCUAAAAAGGGACUAAAGAGCCACAUGUGGCCCCAAAGCCACAGGUUGCAGACCCCUGACCUAGAUGCUUUUUUACCAAGKGGUGCAUCUAACUACAUCUUGUCAUUAAGCCAAACAGAUAAUUCUAAUUUUGAAAGUGGAAUCUGUGGAUAAAUGACACUUUACAGAAAUGUUUCUACAACGCAAACAGCUGGACUUUAAAAYAAAUGCAAAAACUGCGACACAAAAGUCCAAAAUCUAAACUUACAAAUUGUGACGGAGGUAAUGAGGCUGUGAGAAAGAGAAUGAGUCAAUCAAAAGAAAUCGCUAGAAGCAACAGGAAUUCUCCCUCUUAGAUAACACUUUACUGAGCUGAUCUUUGAUCUGCUCAGAUCCAGCUGRGGUGCUCGAUGUGCUAAAAAGGAAGACUCUAAAACCCAGCUUGUGCGCAUUUAAAUAUGAAGAAGACCCACAAGAGAUGAGACAUUUCUACCAUCAGAUGUUGAGAACGCUUGAAGAAAAAUAUUAGAUUUUCACGCUUUGAGAAAACCGUUAUCAAAGAAAAAAAAAAACACAAAAAUGGCAGCACCAGCCACGAUCAGAGGCUCGAUUCAGGSCAGAAAAGAAGCAGACAGGCGUGAGAACAGCAUGACCCGACACAACAUCACUUCUUUUUUUCCAUGACAACAGAUCUUAUUGUUGCUGGUUCUCAGCAGCUGGUAUUAAAUAUAAAUUCAUGACAGGGGGUUUUUCUUUCCUCUUUUGCACAAACACUAUAAAAUCGAAGUAAGAAUAAUAGGGRAGAUUUUGUAGCAAAAAAAUACAUGGUGGAAAAUAAUGAUUAUAAACCAGUGUUUCACAAACACAGACCUCCACUACCUAAAUACAUCCGAACAAGAAGCACUGAAAAUAUUCACUGCGAGCUCAGUCACUUCUCUCCUACAGUUUCUUUUAGGUUUUCCACACCAUCAUGGCAACAAGGUCAGAUUAAAAGAAGCCAAAUGUAGUAAAAAAAGUAAAAACGGCUCCAUUGUUGUGGUUUCUAGCGCACAAAAUGACAGUGGGAAUGCGUGACAUAAAUCACUGUCAUUGAAUCCAUAAAGCUCCAGGUUAAGUCCACAUAAACACCAAACAUGGAGCUUAUUAAGCAAUUCACUCGGAAAGCUUUGGGUUAAGUUUCAGUUUUUCUCACCAGAAAUACCAUUAGGACGUGGAUUUGAUAUUUAGAAAAUUUGUUUUGCUAAAUAUCUGUGUUCUUCUGGACAGGACUUUACAGAACAAUGUUUUAGCUGCUCUUUUCUGAAAAGCUUUUCUUUGUAUAGCGUUUAUCGAAAAAUACUUUUAAAGUGAUUCUUAUUAGACAAAUUACUUAAAAACAACUCUUUACAGUCAUAUCAGCAUAAUUACUCUGAGUUAAACUUCUAAAAGUACCACACUGUGAAGUUUUACUGGUAGUUUUAUUAUUUUUUAGCAUUGUGUUUUGUUGCUGUUCUUGUUUGAAUGAAACUGGAUUAGUUUGAAUUAAUUAUGCUGAUAUUUUUUAUCUCACUUAUGCAUCAUUGUUCUGAUACUUUUAUUGUAUUUAGGUGGCUCCUUAUAACUAUACUUCCUCAUCCAUGCGUCACAGUUAAUUCAAUAGUUAUCAAGGCAAAAAACAUUUUUGUCUUUUUAACGUCGUAUUUUGAAGUUAGCAUUUUGAAGCGUCUUUGCUCACUCAGUUUGUUCUGCACUUUCAUUCAACUGCUGCAGUCUUUUUUAAACUUUUCUUUUAAGUGAAAACUUAAACAGAGUAAAUAAUUUAGCUGCAGCUGGUUUUCUCAUACGCYUAUUCACUUAUCCGAAUUAGGUUUUUUUCUUUCUGCCUUUUUUUAAUCUAGUCUUUCAAAAGCUUAAUUUUUUUUUACCGACAAAGCAUUACAGAGGCUGCAAAAUGAUGAAUAAAUUGGUAAAAUAUUCAAUUUCAGGACAAAAGGUGUAAUAGCUCCUCUUGGUUCCCAMAGCAAAUUGCAGCCGUUUCACAAUGGAAGUGAAUAAAUUGUACAAUGAGCUGGUUUAACUCGCUCAUUUCUCAAAUGUUGGAAAAAUGCACUGAAUACCUUUCUGCUGAGGAAGGACUGGACAAAAAACUAACUGGUUAACAAAUGUUUUCACAUCAAAAUCUUUAGAUUGUACUCAGCAAUAAGGGUUGGGACUAAAAAUACACAYAAAUAAUAUAGGAAAACAACUUGCUCAUUUUUAGAAUAAGAUUUUUAAAGAGRUGAAGGUUUUAAUAUUAAUUUCCUGUCAGAUCAUUGUUUUAACAAACUACUAUUUCAGCCCAGUUAUUUUAAUGUUUUUAUGAGACUGAACUUAAACUUGUUCUAUUCGCAAAUAUCUGAAAUCACUUCAAACUGUAAGCAGAGGCAUUAAGUCUGAUCUGUACUGGCGUGUGGUCUGUGCCAGCAAAUCCCACUGAGAGUCCAGAUUUUCAUUUCAUUAGAAAAAUUAAACCUUGCACUAAAACAGGCGGGCACUUUCAGUAAACAUUCGACUGCGUUCCGUUGCAGAUUGAAUCACAUUUGAUGCUUUGGAGAGGUUUUAUUUUUUCUUCUUCUGUUUUUUUUUUUUUACGGCGGCAGGAUGAUGGAUAUGAAACCGAUCGUGAAUAAAACGACGGCAUUCAUCGUAACGGGGAAAACAUGACCAGUGCAACGUGUGGCUUAUUAAUCUGUUUCUAAUCAUUUUAUGACACAGAGGAAAAUAAAUCUCAGGCUUUGGCUACACAAGAUGCAAUUUCUUUUCCCUCGGGACAGAUUUGCUGUUUGGUCUUGGUGACGAGAACGACGCUGGACAAUUCUACUCUUAUUUAUUUUAGAAAACCUUUAAGAUUUUGUCUUAUAAAGGCCACAAAUGUUUACUACAUUCCUGGUGAAUGCUGUCAGUCUCUUCUGUUAAGAGUUUUUUCUCUUUGUCUCUUUAUCUGCUGUCUUUCUGUCUCUCCUUCUUUCAAGUCAACUCUAGAAGCAGGUAAAAAGUCAGCUUCCUGCCAGCAGAUUUGCAAAAGGCUAUUCUCCUUUGAGCACAUGCCACAUCUGUACAGAGCACCUCCCUUUGAAAAAAAUAAUAAAAGAUUCUCCUUUUUUUCUA